AUGGAUAGUCAAGACAAGGGAGGAGGAGGACGAGGAGGAGAGCAGACAAAAGAAAAACAGAAAUCUGAGGAGGUUGGUGAUGAAGACAAGCAGACCAAAGACAAGCUGGAGAAGGAGAGCAGUAAGAAGGAGCCGAGAGGAGAGAUCAGUAGGGAGAACCGUCGCUGCAGGAGUGGCUGGGCUCUGACUGAACGCCUGGCCAUCAAUGUGUCAGGAAUGCGUUACGAGACCCAGCUCCGCACCCUCGCCCAGUUCCCCGACUCCCUGCUGGGUGACCCCCGGCGGCGUCUUCGCUACUUCGACCCCCUGCGGAACGAACUCUUCCUGGACAGGAGUCGUGUGGUCUUUGAUGCCAUCCUGUACUUCUACCAGUCAGGCGGGAGGCUGCGGAGGCCUGCCAACGUCCCUCUGGACAUGUUCCUGGAGGAGCUACGCUUCUACGAGCUCAGCGAGGAGAUCAUUGACCGUUACAAAGCAGAUGAAGGCUUCCCCAAGGAGGAGGAGAGUCCCUUACCCACCAAUGAUUUGCAGCGUCGCCUGUGGAUGCUGUUUGAGUAUCCGGAGUCCUCCGGUGGAGCUCGGAUUAUCGCCAUCAUCAGCGUCAUGGUCAUUGUGAUCUCCAUUCUCAUCUUCUGCCUGGAGACCCUCCCUGAGUUCAGGCAGGAGAAGGAACAGAGGGAGCAAUUCACCACCAUACCUCACCCGACCAUAGCAAACGAAACCAUCUUGAUCCCACCUGGCUUCACUCCCUUCCAGGACCCUUUCUUCAUCGUGGAGACGAUUUGCAUCCUUUGGUUCUCCUUUGAACUCAUCAUGCGUUUAAUCUGCGCUCCAAACAAGGUGCACUUCUUCAAAGAUGUCAUGAACACCAUCGACUUCUUCGCCAUCAUUCCCUAUUUCGUCACACUGGGCACUGAGCUGGCCAAGGACAAAGGCGCACAGCCAUCUGUGUCCCUGGCCCUCAUCAGGGUCAUCAGGCUGGUGAGGGUCUUCAGGAUCUUCAAGCUCUCUCGUCACUCCAAGGGCCUCCAGAUCCUGGGCCAGACGCUGAAGGCCAGCCUCAGAGAGCUUGCCCUGCUCAUUUUCUUCCUCUUCAUUGGAGUUAUACUCUUUUCUAGUGCAGCCUACUUUGCCGAGGUGGACAGUUCUAACACAGCAUUCACCAGCAUCCCUGAAGCGUUCUGGUGGGCCGUGGUUACAAUGACGACGGUCGGCUACGGGGACAUGUACCCGGUGACGGUCGGUGGAAAGCUGGUGGGCUCCAUGUGCGCCAUCGCCGGCGUCCUCACCAUCUCUUUGCCAGUGCCCGUCAUCGUGUCCAAUUUUAGCUAUUUCUACCACCGGGAGACAGAGUGUGAGGACACUACCCAGUAUCACCAUAUCGCCACAUCGCUGUGGGAAAAGGAGGGAGGGGACGAUGAAGAGGAGGAAGAUGAGGAAGGAGCAGACGAGGGGCAUGAAUACAUGGAAGAUAAUGCCCCCCUGUACUUGCAGAACAACAGAGUAAUCUGCGCUCCACUCAAUGGGACUCUCCUGGCAGGGCUUUGUGCUGGACGGCCCCCUAGUGAUCUGAGAGGGUUAAACUUCUACCUUAAAGAACCUCUGGUAACUCAGGUUUGA